AUGGACGACAUGGGUGUCGAGAGCCAGCGGGAGUUGAUGACGGCCGCGCCGGUGGCGGGACCCGGCACGGGAAGCAGGCCGCCGGGCGGGGGCGGGCGGAAGCACCUCUCCUCCAUCGCCAACCACGUGCUCCGGCAAUGUUCACUGACAUUGGAUAGGAGUGUCAAUGAUUUGGUGGCAGAUUUCGAGUUGGGCUUAAAGACUGCAGCAGUUGGCAACUAUUCAAGAAAACUAGUUGAGUUUUGCAGUUUUCAGGCCCUGCAAAUUAUCGCAUCACAUGAUAUUGGGGAGAAGAUAAGUGAUGGUUCGCUAAGUCGGUUCACCUUCGAUAUGAUGCUAGCUUGGGAAACCCCUACUCCAUCGGAUCAACAGGUCACCAUGGAGAGCAUAGCGAAAGAAAGGGAAGAUAGGAAGGAGCCACUUGGAGAAAAUGAAGAUGUGAUGGGUGAUGAGACGUCACUGUUCUAUUCAGAUAUCAUGCCUCUUCUUGUGAAUGAAGAGCCAACUGUUGGGGAAGAAGCGUACGUGUGGUUUGGAUCUGUAUUCCCUUUGGCUUGUGACGUCGUCAAUGCUCGAUUCACAUUUGAAGCUCUCACUGCUACCACAGCUAACAGGCUGCAUUAUCCUGCUUAUGACAGAUUCCUGAAAGAAAUGGAUAAGUCCUUCAAGUUCUUUCAAGAUUUGCCAACUCCAACUGGAGUUGAAUUCGCUGAAGAUGAAUUCAUUUUGCACAUGGAGGGCACAGCAGGAACACAAAGGGUAGUCAGGCACAUUGGAACCACUAGUUGGCCAGGCCGACUGACUCUGACAAACAAGGCACUAUAUUUUGAGGCUUUCGGAAAAAUUUCAUACGAAACUGCUAUAAAGGUUGAUCUUUCAGACACUGGAAUAGAACACCAAAUUAGCACUGCUUCAACAGGCCCUUUUGGUGUGCCUUUGUUUGACAAAGCCAUUGUGUUUGAGUCACUAUCAGAACCUCUGGUUUUGGAGUUCCCCGAGAUGACUAGCUCAACAAGGCGCGAUAUGUGGCUUACUCUGAUCAGAGAAGUACUCUUUAUCCACCGUUUUAUAUCAAUGUACAACGUAGUAUCCCCCAUUCACAAAUGGGAGGUACACUCUAGAAUCAUAUUGGGAGUAAUAAGGCUCCACGCCGCAAGAGAGAUGCUACGGAUGUCACCACCGCCCGCUUCUAGCUUUUUAGUGUUCUCACUGUAUGAUGACAUGCCUAAAGGUGAUUUUGUGCUUGAGCAACUAGCAAGCAAUCUGAAACAGACCUCCACUAUUACCCGAUUGAGUGCAUCCUAUGUAUUCAAGGGUUUAAGCAAAUCUUAUGUCACGCCUUUGAGUGCGGAGCUAGCCAAAGACCAUGACGCAGACUCGAGUAGCCACGAGCAGCCCCUGGCAUCCCUGGAAAACAAGAUAGGUCAAGUGAAAGAUGAAGCCAGGGAAGUCACUGCUGCCAAUGCUGCCAUUGAAGGGAUGAAGGAUGAAGGCAUCUCCGAUAGUCUUCUUGUACUGGUGGGGUUGGUCGGUCCCAUCGGCAAACUGCGCCCAGUGAUCCAGCAGAUAACCUCGUGGGAGCGGCCGCUUGUUACUGGCACUAUCCUUGCUGUAGCUCUGCUAACCAUAUACAACUGGCCUGAUGGUUUGGGCAAGGCAAAGAAAGAUAGGCAUGAUAUGCUCGGAAGUGAUCAUCGAUACUUCUUCCUCGGACAAGACAACAAUGGAGAGCAUAGUGGAGGCACAGCAAAGCCUACAAAAAGUGCACAAGUACAUCAAGACAGCAAACGUUGCCAUCCUCAGGUUGUGGUCGAUAGCGCUAGCAAGGUCGCCAAAGCACACAGAGACGAUGAUUUGGAUGCUGACCGGGGCUGCGGUGGUGGUGGCCGUGAUCCCGUUCAAGUACAUUCUGAUCGGGCUGAUGGCGGGCAGCUUCGCGGCGAACACGAGGGUCGCGAGGGCCAUGUUGAACCCACAGGGUGGCCGGCGGUGGAGGGAGUGAACUGCAGUGAAACGGUGUGCACUGCAGUCUGCAGUACAGAGCAGACUCGCAGAAGCUGCUAUUCAGGAAGAAUAAGUCAUCAAGAAGAUGUGAGCCGAGGAUAA